AUGAGUGAUAAUCCCUUUGAGUUGAAACCAGAUCUACAACCCCUGUUUAAAGCUAAUUCAGCGUCGGUGAAGUAUUCUCAAAAAUCCAUAGAGGAAACGAUUACAGAUUUACAGACAGAUAUCGGUUUGGGAUUGACAAGUAAUCAGGAUAUUUUAAAUAGAAGGUCAAUUCACGGAGUCAAUGAUCUUACAAAUGACGAAGAGCAAAAUCUUUUUUUGAAGUUCAUAGCCAGCUUUUACGAAGAUCCAUUGAUUUUACUCUUGAUAGGGUCUGCUAUAAUCAGUUUCUGGAUGGGUAACUUUGAUGACGCGGUUUCCAUUACUCUCGCAAUCACUAUUGUUGUAUCGGUUGGUUUUGUCCAAGAAUAUAGAUCCGAGAAGUCAUUGGAAGCGCUUACCAAAUUAGUACCCGCAGAAGCCCAUUUAACAAGGAAUGGGAACACUUCGACAGUCUUAGCUUCAACUUUGGUCCCGGGGGACUUGGUUCAUUUUAGCCAAGGUGAUAGAAUUCCGGCUGAUAUCAGGUUGACUGACGCUGUAUAUUUAGAAAUCGAUGAGAGUAAUCUAACAGGCGAAAACAGACCAGUUGAAAAGACGACAGAACCGCUCACAUACAACGGACCCGACUCUCCUCCAAUCACGGAGAGAACUUCAGUUGCUUUCAUGGGAACUUUAGUACGCGAGGGCCAUGGAUCUGGUAUAGUCGUUGCUACGGGAGCUAAGACGGAAUUUGGAGCUGUUUUUGAAAUGAUGACUGAAAUUGAAAAGCCAAAGACUCCUUUGCAGCAAGCAAUGGACAAGUUAGGAAAAGAUUUGUCGGUUUUCAGUUUCAUUAUUAUUGGUUUCAUUUGUCUUGUAGGGAUAAUUCAGGGACGUCGCUGGCUAGACAUGUUUCAAAUAUCUGUCUCUUUAGCCGUAGCUGCUAUACCAGAGGGAUUACCAAUUAUUGUUACAGUUACUCUUGCAUUAGGUGUCCUAAGAAUGGCAAAGCAUAAGGCUAUUGUAAAAAGGCUCCCUAGUGUGGAAACAUUGGGUAGCGUUAAUGUUAUCUGUUCGGAUAAGACAGGAACUUUGACUCAGAAUCAUAUGACCGUUACAAAAAUCUGGUCCAUGGAUUUCAAGGGCACAUUUAACAGCCCAUACAUGAUUGUUGAAAAAUUAGCUGAUUCGCUGUUGAGCCAUCAAUUCACGCCUAAUAUCCAACGUAUUUUAGAGACAGGAAACAUUUGCAAUAACGCUAAGUACUCUUCAGAGAAUGAAAAAUAUGUUGGAAACCCAAGUGAUAUUGCGUUAGUUGAAAGUCUUUCUCAUUUUGGAUUGGAGGAUAUUAGAGGAACGAAAGUCAAGAUUAAUGAGCUUCCAUUUUCUUCUUCAAGAAAAUACAUGGCGGUUUCUGUUCAUAGCGGAGACUACAGUAAAGCAGAGACUUUUGCUAAAGGAGCGGCAGAGAAAGUUAUCAAUCUUUGCUCUAAAUAUUACAAUGAAAAUGGUGAAGCCAAACCCUUAACAGAUGAAGCUAGAAAAAUUAUACUUGACCAAUCCUCUGAUUUGGCGAGCGAGGGAUUAAGAGUUUUGGGAUUUGCUAGGAAUACAGUCAAGCUCGUUGGCGAAAAAACAGUCUCUCAACCGACUGAUUUGAUAUUUUGUGGUUUGAUUGGUAUGAAGGACCCUCCUCGCCCUUCAGUAAGCAAGGCGUUAUCUUUGUUAAUGAGAGGUGGAGUCCACGUUAUAAUGAUUACUGGAGAUUCACCAACUACUGCUGUUAACAUUGCUAAACAAAUAGGAAUGCCAGUAGUAAAUGAUGAUUCAGUGAUUACCGGUGACCAGCUCGAGAAUUUAAGCGAAGAGUCAUUGGCAAAUGUAAUUUAUAAUGUUUCUAUCUUUGCUAGAACUACACCCGAACACAAAGUUACUAUCGUCAAGGCACUUCAAAGGCGUGGGGAUAUUGUUGCUAUGACCGGCGACGGUGUUAAUGAUGCCCCGGCCUUGAAGCUAGCAGAUAUUGGUAUCGCAAUGGGAAAGAAUGGAACUGAUGUUGCCAAAGAAGCAGCUGAUAUGGUUCUUACAGAUGAUGAUUUUUCCACAAUUUUGAACGCUAUUGAAGAAGGGAAGGGUAUUUUCUAUAACAUUCAGAAUUUCAUCACAUUCCAAUUAUCGACAUCAAUUGCAGCUUUGUCGUUGAUUGCUUUAGCAACUUUAUUUGGCUUGCCUAAUCCUUUGAAUGCUAUGCAGAUUUUAUGGAUUAACAUAUUGAUGGAUGGGCCUCCUGCCCAAUCAUUGGGAGUUGAGCCUGUUGAUCAUGAAGUAAUGAUGAAGCCACCUAGAAGAAGAAAUGACAAAAUUUUGACCUAUGCAGUUAUAAAGAGAGUUUUGCAAUCUGCUACCAUAAUAAUUUUCGGCACAAUAUAUAUAUUUGUGAAAGAAAUGCAAGCCGAUAAAGUUGUUUCAGCUAGAGAUACUACAAUGACCUUUACCUGCUUUGUUUUGUUUGAUAUGUUCAAUGCUUUAUCCUGUCGUCAUUACUCAAAAUCAAUUUUCCAAUUAGGUUUGAAGAAUCAAAUGUUUAAUCUUGCCGUCAUGGGUUCUUUGGUGGGCCAGUUUUGCGCUAUCUACGUUCCAUUUUUCCAAUCCAUUUUCCAGACUGAGGCAUUGUAUUUUUCCGAUUUAGUCCACUUGUUACUAUUGACGAGCCUUGUAUUUGUCGGUGAUGAGAUUAGAAAAUAUCUUUUUAGAAGGAAGGCUCAAUUCCUGCCCGGGGGAUAUGGAGUCUAA